GGUUUGGAAUUUGCAUCUGAUUGCUGUUUGUCAACCAAUGGUUUCCCUCAGCCGCCGUGGACACGCCUCAGAUUAGGCAAAGAUGCGCUCUUCCUUCCAGAUGAUAUCCUAUGUCGAAAUCAAAACGAAUUAAUACAGUAUUAGGUCCGCACAUAUGAGCUGUACGCCGCACUGUAUUUGGGGAAAUUGGGGAAAAACUGUAGCUGCAUCCAACACUGCGCCACCGCACCGCGGCGAGCUGUUGUUUUCACGGGGAAAUCAGGAAUGUGUCUUCCGGUUCCCAGGAGUGCAGAAAACAAAACGACAGCUGAAUUGGCCCUGUUAGAGCUUGGCACUCUGCGUGGGGGGAAGAUCCUCUUCUCUGAAGCCUGCUGCAGUCUGUAGUGUUGGCAAAAGCCUUGUCUUCCACAGAAACUUGGUCAAACACUCAGGAACUUCCCUCAGUAUCGAUCUACUACAAAAAACGGAAGCAGUUUUUGUGAGCUCUGGGAGUUAAUAAGUAUUCAUCCUUUGUAUUAAAAGCCCCACUCUUUAUAAGCUAGCGGGCCUGAUUGGUGCCUCUUUGUUGGAGAGAGGAGGCAAAGGAGGCGAUAUUGCAGCAAGUCCUGUUUGCCUGGAGAUGAAGCUGCAGGCAGUGAUGGAGAACUUGCACAGGCAACAGCAGGCCAAACUGCUCAUGGAGAUGGAGCAGCAGCAGCAGCAGCAGCAACAGGUGGGACAGUUGCAGAGCUCUCCCCCCACAGGAGAGGAGCUGAAGUUAAGUUCCACCUCUGAGGCGGAGCGCGCUCAGAUGGCUGCGCUGGCGGCCAUGAGGGCCGUGGCGGCCGGACUGCAGAGACAUCCGGCGGCCGACAGCCCAAUGUCUCAGCACAGCAGCGCCGGAGAGGAGGAUGAGGAUGAAGGAGAGGAACAAGAGGAAGGAGAAGAGCAGUAUAGGGAUAUGAUGGGGUCAGAAGAGGAGGAGCAGAUAAAGCAGAAGUGGGACGAGGAUGACUUUGAGGGAGAGAUGGAGGACGACUAUGAUGAUGACCUUGCUGAUGAAAGUCUGCAGGCAGGCCGUGAGGCUGUAGCCCCAGGCAGAGGAAUCCUGCUCCUGCCCCAUCGUCAGCUCCACCCCUACUCACAGCAGCUGAAACCCCGGCCGGGGUCCGAACCCGAGCCCCGAGCCUCCAGUCUGUCAGUCCACCCCUCACACAGCCAGCUUCAUGGCCAAGACCACGCAGACUGGACCUACGAGGAACAAUUCAGACAGCUUUACGAAUUGGACAGCGAUCCAAAGCGAAAAGAGUUCCUGGAUGAUUUAUUCAGCUUCAUGCAGAAGAGAGGGACCCCUGUGAACAGGAUCCCCAUCAUGGCCAAGCAGGUGCUGGAUCUGUACAUGCUGUACCAGCUGGUGACAGAGAAGGGGGGGCUGGUCGAGGUCAUCAAUAAGAAGCUGUGGAGAGAGAUCACCAAAGGCCUGAACCUGCCGACCUCAAUCACCAGUGCUGCCUUCACUCUCAGGACACAAUACAUGAAGUACCUUUACCCAUAUGAAUGUGAAAAGCGGGGUCUGAGCAACCCCAACGAGCUCCAGGCUGCCAUAGACAGUAACCGCCGCGAAGGACGCCGGCAAGGCAGCUCCCUCUUCAUCUACUCCCCCAACGGGACACCCACCAUGCUUUCCUCCACCAAGCUCUCCAUGCCCAGCAUGGGCCUUUCUAUGGCCACCAAUGGGGCUUCACUCUCCUCCUUGCAGAAAGUCAAGAAGGAAGACGAUGGUGGUCAGUCUCUUGCUGCCACAAGCAGCAGGCUGCCCGGGGCUCUGGCCACUCAAUCUGUGGCUGCGGCUCAGGCAGCAGCCGUGCAGGCCGCAGCAGCGCAGGCUGCCAUGGCCGCUCAGGUAGCUGCACUGGAGCAGCUGCGGGACAAGCUGGAAGCAGGUGAGCCGCCAGAGAAGAAGAUGGCCCUGCCAAUGGAGGAACAUCAGCGCCUCCUUCAGAGGGCACUGCAGCAAAAUCUGCUGGCGAUGACUGCACAGAUGCCCAUGAACAUCCGCAUCAACAGUCAAGAUGGCAGACAGGAUUCGGCCCUCAACCUCACCACGAAUGGCAUGAGCAGCAUCAGUAUGUCAGUGGAACUUAAUGGAGUUGUCUACACUGGUGUACUUUUUGCUCAAGCUACGGGUCUAACCUCAUCAGGAGCAUCUAACAAAACUCCAGGAGGCCGCAGCAGUUCCCAGACGCUUCCACAGACACCUACCUCAUCCACCUCCACCAAUCCAUCACCUUAAACACCUCACACCCUCCCUGUCUCGAAGCUAGCUAAAGCCAAAAAUCAACCUCAUUUUCUAAAGCCUAUGCCAAAAAAAUAUGAUGCAGGAAUAACAAAUUCUCAGACCAUUUAACAUACACUAUCUCAGGUUCUCUUUCUUGUCAAUCUUUUGUUCAGUAGCCAAGAUGAACUAAAAGAAGAAAAUACCAACGAAAGAGUUUAUUGUAAAGAUAAACUUAUAUAAUAUAUGCAAAAUCUGUGAAUAAUUUAUUUCUUUUCUGGGUACACAUAGCUUGGAAUUAGCAGACUAGAAACGGUAGCACACUGUUUACACUUUUAACACACCUGCUGGCUGACAAUGAAGCUUCUCGUUAACAGGAGAAAAAAAUGAACAUUUUCAGAAUACAGUUUUUAUUUUCAUUAGUGUUAUAAAACUUAUAAAAUGCAAAAAAGGUUCUAAACUCUAUGUAUAUCUAGAGUGCCUUGUGGAACAUCUUUUCAACAGUUUUGGCCUUUGCCACAGCAGACUCAUCUAAACUCUUCCCAACAGGAACAUGUCAGAUUCAGUGCUUGGUUUCUGACACAGAGUGCCUGGUCACUUGGCAUUUUGGAAAGCUCAGUGGAGAACAGUUUGUAGUUAUUAGUGACAUGCCAAUCAUUUAUUUUGGUUGCAAGUUCCGGAGUCUAAUAUGGUAAAAGUCUUGCUUAUGUGUGAGUGGGGAAUGUUAACGCUGCAUUAUCACCAUACGGGGAUAUAUUUUUACAAGACAGGGUACACAUGCCUGUGUAUGUAGAUCAUAUAUAUAUAAUCUUGCUGAGAUUGUGCUGAGGUUUCGAGAUUGCAUUUGAAAGGCCUUUUUUAACAGAGAAAAUGGAAAGUAGAAAUUCAACCAAACAGGUUUAUUAAAUGAUGCGGCAGCAGACAAGCUUAAGCAAGGACCUUUUCGAGUCUGAACAAAAUCAAGCAACGUUUUCUGUUUUCUACACCUGUGUGUUAAAUAUAGGUACUUGGCUCAAAAAAGCUCAUCUGCUAUUAAGUUAUCAGAUUAAAUUCAGGAAACAUCUGUGCAUCAGAAAUAACAGCCUUCAGUGGCAUCGACUUUGAAUUUUUCACCUUAGACCAAUAUAGAAGUGCCAGAUUUGAAGCAAAACCAAAUACCAACACAAUAUGAUAUUCAUGUCCUAUAGCAAUGUGUUACAUCAUGGAGUUACUUUAAAAAAGGAACAAGAUGCUUUUAAAUAGACAUAUAAGGCUGUGUGGUGGAGCAUAUUUCAGUGGGCUUGUUUAAUCUUUUCCAUUAACUUUGUCAUACAAUUUUCAUGGAGCUAGCAUUGGAGUUUUUUGUUUUACUCCAUGAUAACAGCUUUAUGGCCUAAACUUGAUCAAGACUAAUCAAGAUCUUCUCAUACUCAAUAGUCCUGUGAAGUGGGUGGAAAGAUUGAGUGAAUUAUACAGACUAACUUUUUUCAGAUUUUAUGUGUUUGUUUAUGGUAAGUUGGGGCAGCUCCCAGUGUUUGCUCUUAACCUUCUGAUUGGAGUGGUACAGCAGUAAAAGGGACUGUUGUUAGAAAAAAUGCUAUCCAUUUUCCUUCAGGAUUAUGCAUUAUUCUGAUUAACAUGUUUGUCAUGUUUUUGUCAUGAGGCUAUUUAUCAUUGUAUGUUUUUUCAUAUUGUUGCAGGGUUUUCUAGUGUACCGUUUUAAGUGUUGGUUGCUAAUUUCUCCAUCAGUAUCAAGGGACAAAAUCUUCUAAAUUUUGGCUUUCAAAUAGUGUGGUUAGCUCACUACCAUGGUGAACAGCUAGCCCUUUAGAUUUUAGGACAGAGUGAAGCAAAGAAAUGCUAGAAAAGUUAAUAGGGGAAAUGGCAUAUUGUGCAUAACCAAAAAGUCAAAACAGGCAUUUCUGGAGUAUAAUUUAUGUCCUCAAGGUUUUGGCAGUGCUUUUCCUCUCAGACCCCUGCUGAUAAAGGCCGUUGGAACCAUUAAGAUUUUGCUUUCUAAUGGGAAUUGGCUUAAUGAUUACUAUUAGAGACCACAAGUGUCCUGUAGCACACAUUAAGAUCCCAUUAGGAAACCAUCAGAUGCUUCUGCAAUCAGUCCCAGGAUGCCUGCUGACAAUUAGAAUUCUUUACACUGUGAUAUCAACCCAUUAGGAAAACACAGAAUACCAUACUUUCAAUGAUUUCUGUGAUUAUUUUUUUUCAUCAGGGACACACAUUCAAAUACCUGAAAUAUUGACUCCAUACUUUCGUGCUGCACGUUAAUGUACAUAAAGUUCAGCUUGUAAGGUACUUCAACUUUCACACAGGCAGGAGUGUCUCUGUUUAGAAACUUCUUGUACAACGUAUCCGACAAAUCUCAGGGAAGACUUUUUGUGCUUUAAUGAUUAUCAGGAAAUGACAGAAUACUUCAUAGGUUUCUAGGCACGUUACUGUUAAAACUCUCUCUACCUCAGACAUUCAUUUUUAUUCAGUCGCAGCAACACCAUCAAAUCACCAUAAUUCAAACCAGUGUACAAGUUUGUUGUACAGCAGCUUAUUCCGAUCAUUUUUCAUUUCAUUUUCAGAGCACACGCAAUCUCACCCACCUCAGUGUACCACCUGUGCCAUUUGUAGAGCGCCGUGUAGCUUACGGCUUGAAAAGGCUUUAUAAGGCUUCAUGAACGUGUGGUGUAUGUCUAUGAUAUGUCAUAUUCUUAGAUGUAAAAUGUUCAUUAGUUUGUUGAAGUGAUGCCUGUCUGCUUUUCAAAUUUGUGGGAUGAACUUUAAUCUUAACCUUAAUCACAACUUCCAAAAUAACAUUUGAUUUUGAGACGGCAGUGAACAGUAGUUUGCUGCACUCUAGUGGAUGGAGUGUAACAUUGACCUCAAUGGCAAUCGAAUUCACACAACUCUCUUACUUAAAAAUUCUUCUUACCCGUGUCUUGUUUUGUUUUUGUGGGCUGAUGGGAUUUCUGGAGGGACGCAUGUGAUCUACUUUGUAUUUUGAGCCUUAAAAAAUUUAAAUGCGCAGUGCCCUCUAAAUAUGUUGAAGCACAAAAGUCAAAUUCUUACUCAGCUGGUUAGGACUGAAAACAAAAGGUGUUCAGUUUUAAUUUAAAUUUACCCCUAUGACUGUAUACAGUCAUCUAAAUGAAAUCUCCAUUAAUCACUAUGCUGAAAAUUGCCUGGAAAUGAAAAAAACUUUUUUUAGUUUUACAUCAGAUUUCGUUUUUUUUAUCUUUAAAUCGUUGGAGAGUAUAAAAAAGAAAUGACCAUUUUGACCUCACUGCUUCAGUCACUUUGGAGGACACUGUAUAUGUAUAUUGCAAAGACAACCAGAACUGCUUUGUGGAAUCAUGCAAACAUGCUCACGCUUAUUAUAGGAUGCCUUAUGCUUUGACAAUUUUGUUGGCUUUUCUUUCCCUACAAUUUGAUGUUACACUAAGACUGACGCUUUUUUUUUUUGGGAUGUAAACAGCUAGAAAGCUGUUGUAGAUUCUUAAUUGUAGUUACAGAUUGUCGCUGUCAUGAGAAGGCCUUAAAAUAUAGCAGUUCUUCAGAUGUGAAAAGCAUAUUAUUUAAAAUUAUUUUGGCUUAGUCAUUACAAAAAUAUUUUCCUUUUUUUUUUUUUUAAGUUCCAAGAGCUGUGAAAUGUCCAAAGGGCAUAAGGUGGAGCGUCAGUUUUGAAAUUGGCCAUGUGAAAGAUCAAAUGAAUUUAAUUAAUAUAUUUUCUGUGAGGUUCUCUCACAGCAGCGACUACAUGUUGUGAUGUUAUAAUAUGAUUAGGAGGAAUGCUGGGCCCAUGUGCCAGCUUUGGUUGGGUUAACUAGCUUAUUUUCAUACACGUGGAAAUAGUUGGGUUUUUAAACAAGGCAUUUUGUCGUCUUCUCAGGAAAUACACUUCUACCUCCAGAUGUAUGGAUAUGUUCAUUUUAGGACUAUGGUCAUAACUUAGUGCAUUUAGUACACAGAAAUGAAUUGUACCUUUGUAAUGGUGUUACAGAAUGUCUCGUAUCACUGUGUGUGUGUGAGUUUGUGAGUUUGGAUACUUUUUCUUAGUCUGUUUUUUAUUUUUUAGGGUGUUUUGGACAAAACCUUAAUGAUAAAACAUUAUUCCACUUAUGGGAGUUGCUCAGAGCUAAAGAGAAGCAGGAGUAUGGGCAAUGUUGUACCACUGUUUUGAACUGGGAUUACCUGUAAGUUAAUAAUUUAAAUCUGUCUUUGUGUUCUUUUGAAAAUGUUUGACUUCUUUGGUAUCUUAAGGGAUUGUAACCGCCUCCUGACAGCUCUGCAUUGUUCUCUAAGGGGUGAAAAAGAAAAAUACAGUCCUUUCUUAUUUAAUCAAAAUGCGUUUGUGUGAAUAAUUAACUUUAUUUGAGAAGUGAUAUAUCAAAUAUAAUUUUUUUUCAAUGAAUGUCUACAGAAGUGCAGUUAUUUCCUUAACAGUUGGGAUUUAUAAUUACUCAUUUUUUUAGAUUAUAAUAGGACUUUUAUUUUAUGAGAAUGUUCUAUUCAGAGUGUGACACAGUGACAUUGUACUGCUCAACACAAAACCUCUCACUCAUACCAAAAUGGUUUCACUUUUUUACAGGAUUAUUUCUAACAGUGAUGUCUGCUAUGUGUUGGUAUGUAAUGUAAUGUAAUAAUUACAUGCAGCUUCUGUUUAAAA